AUGACUGCUGAGAUUCUUCAGAACUUCAACCCUCUGAAAGAUCUGACAAACUCAAUUACCAAGAACUUGUGGGAAACCCAAUUUGAGGAUCUGAAAGCCUGCUGUUUGCCCUCUGAAGCAAUUAUCGAUCUCAGCAACUAUAUUGUCUAUGCAAGACAACAUAUUCAAUUACGAUCAUGGAAGAGGCAGAAUCUUGUGACAGCAAUGCAAGCUGCAUGCAUUCAGUUCUCCAACGAGCCUGGCCGCAUUCUUCGUCCGGCACUUGCAUGCCGAACUCAUCCACUGCCUUCCCGACUCGAGAAACGGAUGGACUGCUUUUUUCGCUGGGUUAGCCGAAGUUCUGCUUCGAAAGAAUGCGCUGUACCUCUUGCAGCGUCUGCACUGAUUCGGGAGGCACAUAAUGCCGGUCUAGAUGGCUGGCCACCUGUCGAUGUCUUCGACAGCGUAUUCGCCAGUCUAAACACUUGCUUGGAGAAGCGCCAUCGUAUCUCACUGCGACAGCAAUUUCUCCAGGACUACUUGCGUGCAGUUAUUCUACGGCACUUGAGUUUUUUAUCACGCAUAGAAGAUGUGGUUCCUGCAUCCAUUUGCUCAUUUUGUAUAGUCCACGACCCAUCUUACCUUCUUGAUUGCGGACAUAGGAUUUGUAUCAGCGGAUACGAUUUUCAACUGAAGAACUGUGUUGUAUGCAACACUGCGAUGAGCUCGUCGAUCGUCGUCAAACCCCAUGCUGCGGGUGUCCGCGUGUUGAAGCUAUGUGGUAAAGAUGGAAUAGCAUUGGCGCAGAGCCUCACUCACCUUUCGAGGAUUCUACCCGGGCCAUGGCACAAUUAUUUCGACCUCGUCAUAGGCAGUGAUACGGGCAUACUGUUUGUUGUACUCCUGUUCUGUAAGAACGCAACUUUGGGCGACUGUCUUUGGCACAUUGAGCGCACACGGGAUGUGCGAUGGGGAUCAAACGGGCUAGAGUUGGUUAGAGAACAGGAGGCGAGUGCAAGGCGACAGGAGGCCGGCCUCUACUUUGUGCUGCGUAACGCAAUGUUGGAGCUGAUGUUCAGCGCGACGACUGUUAGUGCAAAUUUAUCCAUCAAGGGUGAGGGGCGCUCUCACAGCUUCCGCUACUUAGCUAGCAAGCGGCUGAAGAUAAUCUCCUGGUCGCAACGGCUAUCAGUGGCGACGUUCCUUGACGGUUACAUGAGCUUUGACACCUGGCUCUUUGGCUAG